AUGGAUCAAGAUCAGAUCAGCUCAAGUUCGGACGAAUUCGAUUUUGCGACUUUGAACGAGGAAAUUGCAUUGAUUUCCAACGAAUUACGCCACGAAACGAACGAAUCCAGCGGAGAAGAUAGUGGGAAAGUAAGAGGUGUGAAACGACGAAAAAUUAGGACUAUAGAUAGCGAAAGUGAAACCGAAAGUGAAGAUGCGGAAGAUGCGAGCAGCUCAGAGUGGGUACUUUGUAGAGAAUACGAAGAAGUGCCGCCAAGUGUACAAUUUAUACCUGGCCAAAACCUCACAGCAUCGCGCAUAGCUUCCGAUAUAAAAGAACCAAUCGAUUUUUUUAAACUGUUUUUCACCGAUGAACUCGUAGAAAAGAUAAUUCGUGAAACGAAUAACUAUGCAAAAAAGAAAUUGGAAGCGAAGACGCUAUCCACAAAUUCGAUAUGGCGAAGUUGGCGUGACGUGGAGAACGUAGAAUUCUGGGCAUUUAUUGCUGUUGUAAUCAAUAUGGGUACAAUGCCGUUGGCCAAUUUGCAAGAAUAUUGGUCGAGGAAUAACGUCAGCUAUAUCCCUUUCUAUUCAGAAACAUUUACAAGAGAUAGAUUCAGUCAAAUAUUCUGGAUGCUUCGUCUGGCAACCAUUCCAACACGCAGUGCGAAUCCGAGAACACGCCUGCAACGAGUAAGUUGCUUUCUAGACUACAUCAAUUCAAAAUUCUUGGAUUAUUUUAUGCCGGGCGAGCAAAUAUGUGUGGACGAGUCGACGGUAAAAUUCAAGAGCCGGACUUCGUUCGUCGCAUACGAUCCGAAGAAACCGAGAAAAUGGGGUAUCAGAGUCUAUACUCUAGCUGACUCAAACACUGGCUACAUUUGUUGCAUUUUACCAUAUUACGGAUCACUCACGACCGAGCUCUUGGCCAGACCUGAUUUACCUGUUUCCUCAAGAAUUCCGAUACACCUAUAUAAAAUGUUGUUGGAGAAAAUUCCAGGUGCCCAGGGACACCAUAUGUACACGGGCCGCAACUACACUAGUUACGUCUUAGCUCAAGAACUAGCCAAACUGAAAUGCCAUAUUACCGGAACGAUCCUAGCUAGCAGGAAAGAAUUGCCCAGUGAAAUAAAAAAGCUAAAAUUUUCAAAAAAAUCCACGGUAGCAUAUCGACGAGGCGACACCUUAGUUUUAGGGUGGAAGGAUAAGAAGAUCGUCACUUGUUUGACUACGAGGGGUGACACAGGAAUGAAGACCGUGAAAAGGAUUGCACGAGGUGGCGUGGAUAUAAUGAUCAAGAAACCUAACGUUAUAUUAAAUUAUUUAAAAUAUAUGGGCGGUGUUGAUCGGGCGGAUCAAUAUGUAUCGAAAUAUUGUUUUCUGCAGAAAUCGCUGAAAUGGUGGCGUAAGCUUUUUUUGGGGGGCAUGGAAACUUGCCUGAUCAAUUCCUACAUACUUUAUAAACUAGAAAGAAAUAAAAAAGGGGAAAAGCCACACGAUCAUUUGCGCUUUCUAAAAACGCUUGUCGAGCAAUUAAGAGGACCAUAUCGCCAGCAUCGUGAGCAAGCGUCGACGUCGCACACCGAUGAACCCCGACUAAAUGGGAAGCUUCAUAUAGUGCUAAAAGGGCCAAAAAGGGACUGCAAGGUUUGCUCUGACCGUAGCAAGCCUGGCGGUAGACGAGAAGUAGCGUAUUAUUGUGAUACGUGUCCAAAUAAACCUAGGAUGCACCUUGGAGAUUGUUUCACUAAAUAUCACACGAAAACUAAUUACAGAAUAUAA